UCUUGCUGGGACAGGCUCCUACCGGAGGGCUCGCCGCUUGACGCAGGUGUCCAGCUGGAUGGAUAACAGCAAUAUUUAAUAGCCUUGUUUUUUAUCUUAAUUAAUGAAACGCCGAACAACAUUGUUUUUAAAAGAUUUAUUAUAAUAGCUUUAUAUCUUUGGUGGACACUUUUGUUCUUUUCGGACUGCAGAAUCGGGUUCGUAAGGUUGGUCGGCUUCACUUUAAUACUCAUUUGCGAGUUACAUUUACUGCUGUGAUAAAAGCCAGUGUAAUAAAUUUUCAUGCCAGAUUUGGAGCAUUUCAGAUUUUCCUACAAAAACAUGAAUUCUUAUGUCGGGGCAAACGUCGUUUUGCUACAGCAGCAGCAUCAGAACCAAGUACCAAUCCAGCCGGAUUCGGGCCUUUUACCCGAUCCGGGUUUUGGCUCUGCUGAUCCCGGGUUCAUCCUUGGUGACCAUAACUCUGCGGGUCCGGAUGGGUCAUCUGUUCUCGACUUCGAUUCUCUGCCCCAAUCGGGGCUCCAGUACUUGCACCUUAGUAACUCCUUGUACCGCUUACCACCGCGUCCGCCCGCCGCAAUGGCUCUGCGUAACGACUUGGGCUCCAACAUCAGUGUUUUAAAGACACUCAAUUUGCGUUUUCGCUGUUUUUUGGCUAAAGUGCAUGAACUGGAGAGGCGAAACAAGACACUGGAGAAUCAGCUGCAGCAGGCUUUGGAAAAUAAAGGUGCUGAUAGCGGAGGAGUAAUGACGGGGCACGGGAGAAGGCCCGUGACCAAAGAUGUUGGUGUUCAGACUGGCUUAAUCGGGACAAUCCCAGUUAGACCCGAAUUGUUUCUUCAGAAUGCAAAUAACCCGGUUUACCGAUCUGGAAGCUUGUUUAUGCCUACAAUUGGUUCUGUCUUCACGUAUGAUAUCAACAACAAGGUGCCAAAUGGAAACGCCAAUGAUGCUGCGGACUCAAACUCCAACCCAAGCCCCAACAUCCCUGUGUGCCCGGGAACAGAGCACCAGGCCAGGAUCAUCUCCAACAUCAAUGAGACCAAUGUCACUCACAUGAGCACCGGCACAGGCCCGUCCGCAAACCCACCGCCCAGGUUCCUGCCUGGUACCAUUUGGUCAUACAACCACACGCGCAAGUUCGGCUCCGGCCUGGAGACGCGGCUCGCGGGACCCGGGGUGUCAUGGGUGCACCCAGAUGGGGUGGGAGUCCAGAUUGACACCAUCACCCCUGAGAUACGGGCUCUGUACAACGUGCUGGCAAAAGUGAAGCGAGAAAGAGAUGAAUAUAAGCGCAGAUGGGAGGAGGAAUAUACAGUCAGGAUGGACUUUCAGGAGAAGGUGGCUGAGCUGGAGGAGGAGCUCCAGGAGAGCGAGGUGUGCCAGGAUGAGCUGGAGCUCAGGGUGAAGCAGCUGAAGGCCGAGCUGGUCCUCUUCAAGGGCCUCAUGAGCAACGACCUGUCAGAGCUCGACAGUAAGAUCCAGGAGAAGGCCAUGAAAGUGGACAUGGACAUCUGUCGCAGGAUUGACAUCACCGCCCGUCUCUGUGAUGUGGCCCAGCAGCGCAACUGUGAGGACGUGAUACAGAUUUUCCAGGUGCCCACGCCUCCAUCCACUCUGGGCCGCCGCCCUCGCAAGCAGGCCCAGCAGCCUUCCUCCACCAAUGAGGCAGAUGAUCCCACCAGCAUGUCUGAGGGCGACGGCGGCGGCGGCACUAAGGAGGAGGAGAUGUGUGGCUCUUCAACCAAUCAGAUCAAUGAGGAAGUGCAGAGGAUGCUCAAUCAGCUGAGGGAAUGUGAGUUUGAGGAUGACUGUGACAGCCUGGCCUGGGAGGAGACAGAGGAGACCCUGCUCCUCUGGGAGGAUUUCCCCGGCUACGCCCUCGGGGCUGACCUGCAGGGGGAGCAAGAGGAAUCCAUUGAAAAAGUGAUAAAGGACACAGAAUCACUCUUCAAGUCCAGAGAGCGAGAAUAUCAGGAGACUAUAGACCAGAUUGAACUGGAGCUGGCCACAGCCAAGUCAGACAUGAACCGGCAUCUGCACGAGUACAUGGAGAUGUGCUCCAUGAAGCGGGGCUUGGACGUGCAGAUGGAGACAUGCAGAAGGCUAAUCACGCAGACGGGGGACCGAAAAUCCCCCUCGUUCACCACUGCGCCGUCCGAAGAAAGCGAGGAGCCGGAGAGGAAGAAGUCUUCUGCCCCCGAGCUGGGGAGAUAGCGGCCGCUUUUCACGUGGGAGCCUGGGAAGAGCGUGUGACGGCAGAGACCAUCUUUAGGGAACCAUCAUUUAUACGUUUACCAUGUAAUAUCCUCUAAUUGGCUUCAUAUCUUUUGGGUGUCUGCCUUUUGGUGGAACACAAUUUUAUUACACCAUUUUAAAGCUCUUGUUUCAUAUGAACGUUAAUGAACUACCAAAGUUCAGUGAUGUUUUUGUAAAAGCACUUAUUUUUGCUAUUCUGCCCACAGCACCGCACUCCUGUUUCCUGAUGCCAUUUCUGGCAUGUAAAUUACAUUUAUGUAGCAGACUCUUUUGUCCAAAGCAACCGAGACGUGAGGAAGCAUGAGGGUGAGAUCACAGGCUCAGCCAGCGGUCGGGGCCCCGCAGUUCCUGGGGCCAAGGGCCCUUGCCCAGGGGCCCGUUACUCUGCCGGUCGCAGUCCCAGCCAAUCACAUGGGAACAGAUCCCGAGCCGCACUCUGGCUGAAAUGAUGUAAUUAACAUCCAAUCGUAUUCUGCCCUCUCUCUUCACUAUUCUUAGCUCAAACAACAGAGAUGGCAUUAAGUACAGGGCAUCUAGGAAGGAGUCAUGUCAUUUAAGUUCAGAAGUGGAAAAUACCUCAUUUAUUCACAUUUAAUGUUAGUUGAAAAGUGUGAAGUGUAGAACGUUGCCUGAGAUUUUGUAGAUGGCACAGAAAAUGCACAUUCGUAAUGACAUCCUGAAAUUUAAUUUGUGGCAAGCAGGACAUUUAUUCUUUUAAACUUGAAAAAAGAAGCAAAGGUUUAUUUAGGGUUUAAUAUACAGUGGUACCUCAGUUCUCGAACUCAUUAGAACUCGAAUUUCUUAAAAGUCGAACCAACCAGUUCUAAAAAAAAAUUUACCUAGAACUGAAUCUGAGAAGUCGAACCGUGAACGCC